UACAAAUUGGCGCGGCGUAAGUGACGUCACUGUGCAAGGCGCCCUGCAGCUGGCGGUGAGUUUAAACGCGUCAGAGUUGAGGGCUGCAGGACGUAAAGUCGGAGGUGCCGGGGAGGGUUUUGGUCCACUUUUUUUCCCCCCCUAAAACAGAGGUGAUGCCAGGAGACAGCGUGCCUCUGCAGGAUUUGCUUGGCUUCCAUGUGCAAGGCUCCAUGUUGUCCCAGGCCACGAGCAGCAGCGGCGGGGGCAGCGGCAACAAGCGCGAGUGGCAGCACGUCCUGACCGAGGGCCUGGACACUGAAUGCACCCCAACGGAGCUCAUCCAACAGUGGUCACCCGGGCCCAAACGCCAACACUCGGGGUGGAAGGGCAAAGAGAACGACGGAAAGCCUUUUGUCAUUUCCAGACGAUCGAGGAAGAGGAAGGAAUCCGUGCUGGAGGUUUCAUGGGACCACCUACCAGAUGAGCUGAUCCUCAGGAUCCUCUUCUUCCUCCCUCUGCAGGACCUCCUCAAGGCGUCCGUCACUUGUAGGCGAUGGCAUCGUUUGGCGUUUGAUGAGUCACUGUGGCAUAGUGUGGACCUGGAGGGGGUGAGCGAGAUGGCUCCGGCGCUGCGGCAGGCCUUGAAGACGGGGGUGCGCAGGCUGCGAUGUCCUCGCUCUUUCAUCAACGACCUGCAGCUAACGGGCAUGUGCGCACUGCAGAUUGCCGAAAUGGACCUUUCCAGCUCCAUCAUCACCACGCCCGCCUUGGAGAGCAUCAUCUGUCGCUGUCAUCUGCUCCGGUGUCUUAGUCUGGAAGGCCUGCAACUGUCCGACAGCAUUAUCAGGAGUCUGGCCCAGAACGCGCACCUGCGGCAGCUCAACCUGAGCGGCUGCUCCGACUUUGCCGCCGAUGCUCUCGGCCACAUGCUGCGAUCCUGCUCCAGAAUAGAACAGUUGAACGUGUCCUGGUGCCAGUUCACCAACGAUCACGUGAAGAGCGUCGUCAAUCACGUCAGCGCCGCCGUUACGCACCUCAACCUCAGCGGCUACAGAGACGGCCUCACGCUAGAUGAUGUGAAGGUCUUGGUUACAAGAUGUCCUGAUAUUCAUACGCUCGAUUUGAGCGACAGCGCCCAGUUGAUGGCCGACUGCCUCCCGGCGCUCUCCGGGCUGCCGCGUCUGCAGCAUCUGUCCUUGAGCCGCUGCUACCACAUUCACGUGGCCGCCCUCAGUGACCUCGGGAAGACCUUCCCGGCGCUGCGUUACUUGGAAGUCUUCGGCCUCGUCAACGACGGCCACUUGUCGUCCUUGAGGAAGGAAAGCCCCGGCGUUUCCAUCAACGGCAUGCCUUUCUCGGCCGUCGCCCGGCCCACGCCGGCCGGCGCCAGCCACGGCAUGUGGGACAGGAAAAUUCGACUGCGCUUCAAGCCGUCGGCCUUUUGACCUUUGACCUCCGGUGCAGGAGGAGUCCAAAAAGAAACGUUUGUAGGUCGCUUAGGGAAUUUAUCAAGCGACUGGUGUUGUUAGCAAGCUUUCGACGCCACGUUGAAUCUGCGGAGAGGCUCAUAACAUGUCGGAUGAGGUCCUUCGACAUUUCUGAGAGUUGGUCUCCAACCUGUCUUCUAUUCAGUGUUUCAAUGAUAUUUUUUCUACAUGGAACUCGAGUAUAAGUGGCAGAUUUUCUGACAAAUCGGCCAAAGUUGCAUCCGAUCGGCCGCCCCGCCGCCGAGUGCGUGCCGGACUGAAGCGGGUGCCAACGAAAGCUGCUCUUUGCAAGACCGGAUCAAGUUGGACCUUCUUGUCCUUUUGGAUGAACGGUUGCCGUUCGUAUUUUCUAUUCAAAUGGAAUUCUCAUCUGCAAAUAAAACAAGAGA